UUUUUUUCCCCCCUCGUGCGCCUGAGUGCUGUGUGAAAUGGAAUUAUCAUCUUCCUGGUUUCCCCUGGAGACAUAAGUUGACAUUAUUUACUUGCACCGCCUGUUUUUCUAAUAUUGUAACUUAAAAUAUAUACUUUCCGGUACUGCUGGAGCAGCACAGCUUCCGGUCCGUUCGGCAACACUCGGGCAACAUCGGCGUAACACAGGAAAAAAACGAUGUUGUAUGUUCAAAUUCAACUAUGACAGUCUGCAUCCUGUGCCCACUGAAGCUGCUGCUGCUGCUGCUGCUGAGCAACAGCGUUGUCUCCAUUUCCCAUCAGGAAUGAUGAGACAUCUUCUUGUUAGCGCUGCUGCACGGAUGGAUUGAUAAAUGAAGCAAAAGGAGUGCACGGAAGAGGGAGAAAGGAGCAGAAAAUAGUGGGGUUAAAGAUUGCCAAAAAAAAAAGGGGAGGAGGUUUGAAUGGCAGGGGUGAGACCACAGAGAGCGAGCUACGCUGCAGUAGAAUGAGGGUCAGGGAGGAAUUGAGCACUCAGGCUUCUGCACCCAACUCAGGAUCCAUCGCAGGCUCCUCUCCCUGAAAGAGGUCGACAGGAGGAAUCCAACGUGGAGGCGAGAAGGAGAAGAAGGAGGGGGGCGGAGGAGGAGAACGCCAGAGGUUCUACACACAAGAUGGCUGCUGUGUCCUCUGCCUCUGACACGGUUUCAACAGGGGACCCAAGGGGCCGCCAUCCCCCUGAGCGCCGGCUGCUCAUCCUCGGGGGGCCAAAGUCUGGUAAGACCUCAUCAGCCAACACCAUCCUGGGCGAGGAGGUCUUUGACGCCGGGACAGAGACCACUCACAGCAACGUGGGUCAGACGGAGAUCUUUGGGCGUCGGGUAACGGUGGUCGACACGCCUCCAUGGCUCAUCCCCAGCGAUGCGGAGGACGACACCGAAGCAGAUGAUAACGGGAACACCGGUGCGGAGUCGGAGAGCCUGCCGAGGCCGCCGCCCAGCCUGGACAGUGAGGGGCCCUGCAUGGGCGCCAUCCUGUGCCCUCCGGGCCCUCAUGCUAUCCUCCUUGUGGUGUCCGUCACUCAGCCUUUCACAGACACCGAGAGGAGGGCCGCCGAGGAGCAGCUGGGGGCUUUGGGGGGAGGAACCUGGAGAUACUCCAUGGUGCUCUUCACUGGGGUAGACAAGUUGCAGAAGGGGGUCUUCAUUGAGGAGCACAUCGCUAACACCGGCGAGGGCCUCCAGUGGCUGGUGGAGAGAUGUGGAAGCAGGUACCAUGCUUUCGACAACAGCUGGAAAGACACGGAGGACAACACGCAGGUUCCGGAGCUGAUGGAAAAGGUGGAGGAAAUGAUCACCGACAACCAAGGCUGGUACUUUGAGGUGAACGAGUUGAUCUUGCUGGAAGAGGAGCAGGCGAGGAGAGCGCUGGAGGAGGAGAGGAUGAGGAUGGAGGAGCACGCAAGACAGAGAGAGCAGAUGAUCGGAGGACCUCCAAGAGAACUGAGGUUGCUGUUGUUGGGGUGGAAAGGCGUUGGGAAGAGCUCAGUUGGGAACUCCAUCCUGGGUCGUCGGUACUUCGAGUCAGGCCAGGAGACGGACCUCUGCCUGCGGAGGCAGGCGCUUGUAUCCGGUCGCCGUGUCACCAUCGUGGACACCCCAGGCUGGGACUGGUUCUCGGUGCGGCGUACGCCGAAACGCAUCCGUCAGGAGUCGCAACGCGGCGCCGCGCUCCUGCGACCCGGACCACACACGUUGCUGCUGGUUCUCCCGGUGGUCUCCUCCCUCACCGCCAGGAAGAGGAGAACGCUUCUGUCCCAUAUUGAGACUCUCUUCGGGGACGGCGCCUGCCUCCAUACUAUGGUACUGUUCAGUUGCGGCGACUGGCUGGGGCGCACGCCCAUUGAGGAGCACAUACUCCGAGGGGGUCGGGAACUGCAGAGACUGCUUGAGUACUGUGGGAACUAUUACCACGUCCUGGACAGUAAGACACCCGGAAAGGACAGGAGUGUCUCCAACCUCCUGGAUAAGAUUGAGGAGAUGAUCAGGGAGAACGGAGACAAGGCCUUCCUUCCUGUGCAGACCGAGUGGUUGAGCGAGGAGAGCUCUUACUCGUCCGACAACACCGAGCCCGAGGACGACUGUCGAGGUUGCCAGGUGCAGUGAUGAAGGUGAAGAAAGCCAAGCGGCCCCCUCCCUCUCUCUGUGUGUGUGUGUGUGUGUGUGUGUGUAUGUUUACUGUUAUUCUUGAGUAUCCAGUAGACCCAAACAUAACCUCAUGUACCUUUUAGACUGUUGUAGGAAGUAAAAGGUAUCGGUGAGUAGUAAAAGGUGUCGGUUUGUGGUAUUUCCAGAAAGGCUUACUUCCUCGCUGUUAGGGUUUAUCGGAAGUCUAAUCCAUUUAAUAACAUGAAGGGAUUUAUUUAAGAUGACAUUAUCAGCGACAGGCAGCUUGUUGUCAUUCGGAAUUUUUUUUUGGGAACAUUUCUUGUCACUUUUAGUCUUUGAUUCCCGGCGAAAUAAAAAAGAUUCGCCUCCAACGCCUCAUCAAAACACGGUCGAUGAAUCACAUCUGAAGUUUGUUCGCAAUUCCCACAGGAAACCUGAUCUAACCUAUUACGAGAACUAUGAAUCUGGAGUGAUAUUAUGAAUUAAAAAAAAAAAAAAGUUUCCUUUAUGAAUAUUUUAUUUGGUU